AUAUAACUAAAUCUUGUUUUUCUGUGCCGCUGCUUCGCCGGUGGAAGAUAAGUAAAGUAAUAAAAAUCAUCAAAGAAUGUCUAGCUUUCCGAAACCUUUAAAGAUGUUUCUGGUGUCAGUAACUGUGCUGCCACAAAAGGAAGGAAUAGAUCUACCUAGAUUCAUCCAGAAACUAGCAAAUCUUCUCGCUGAUUAUUCAACUGCAACCCGUGUUGUGUACAAAUUCAAAGUAAGUUCUUUAUUAAAUUGGCCUAGUUGCUUCAUUCUCGCUUUUCUUAGAUCAGCACAAAAUUUUUUGUAACCACUUAUGGUGAUUACACUCCUGCGUGCCGAUACCCGUGCCAUAAUUGUAUUAUCAUUUCAAUGUGUGUGCAUAUAAUAUAUAUGAUUCGUCAUGUACAAUAUUUGGUAUUAACAGGGUCUACUUGCUAAUUUUGCUCUAAGUUACAGUUAAGGCUUAAACUUGAAGCUACUAAACUAAAGUUAACUAAACUUAAACUUAAACUAUUUUACUAUUUAUUUAUAAUUUAUAGUCUACUACUAACUAGGCCCAACUUAAAGUUUAAAGUUAUCUAAUUAACACUAAUUUAGUUUUAGUUAAUUUCUCUGUCACUAGUGACUAGGUAUAGUCUUGGGUAAAAGUGCAGUUCAGGUGCGUAUAUUAUUUCUUAGCGCAUUUCGUAUUUUAAAAUUUUUUUAUCAUGUAAACUUAGGUGUAUUCUUUAAUAAUUUAAUACAGGCAGUUAUAGUUAACUAAUUCUGAAUUAUUAAUCGCAUCUUUUCUUUUUAUUUUACUUCUAAAGAGUCUUUAAACAUCCCCCAACCAAAGUGACACAGCCCCCAUUUGUUUGUAUUUUUCUUUUUACGCUAUGCCAGAUUUUUAGCCACCUAUAAGUUAGUAUGCUAAAUGAAAUUUUCAAACUAAGCAUGUUCACAAAAAAGAAUGAAAUACUAGAUUUUUCAUUACGCACAAGCCCCCCUCCCCCUCCUUUCUUUUUUUCUCUCUCAGAGAGCUCGGAAUAUAGGGGUUGUCCUUUGAAGUCGGGAGGGGGGGGGGAUUAGAAGUGGAUCACUGAGUAAGCAGUGGACACACACGUCAUUGUCCUGGACCUGGUGUGAAGCUGAUCACCCUGAAGGCUGCUAUUACACUGUCCGUGAUUGGUCAGCUCUAAUUUGAGCACCCCCUCCUCUUUUUUCGUAUGCAAAUGCGCUUAUUACUGGUGACUGAUUUGCGCUGAGUAAAGUGAGGGCUAGUGAUGAUUUUUUUUAUAUUAUAAGACGGACUCGUUUUUGUUUUGCGGUAUUGUUGGUUGUAGGAUCAUUUUGUUUAAAAUGGCAGGACGACUAAGAAACAAUAACUAAAAUUGUUGAUGCAACAGGCAUUUUUAAUGGUGCAGCAUUUGGUUUAUACGCGCACCUUGUGGGGCAACAAAUAACGUUAAUACAACUGGAAUUUCUCCUAAGGCGCUCGUAACAAUUGCAAUGUGGCUUGUAAGCUGGGUUCGUAUGCAGAGGCGUAGCUAGGUGGGGGCAGGGGGGGACAGAUGUCCCCGGGCGCCAGCUAGUUAGGGGCGCCAAAAUGUGCUUUGAUAUUAUUUUAUUGAUGAAAAUAAUGGGUUUGAGAGUUGAAAAAAAAAAAGGGGGCGCUAAAAAUGGAUCUUGUCCCCGGGCGCAAAACACCCUCGCUACGCCACUGUUCGUAUGUCAAGUAUGUGAGCUCCCCAUAAUUAUCGGGAUCUGCAUAUCAUCCGAAACGGGAUCUCACCCGAAACAGGGUCUCACCGUAACCGGUAUCCCGCCAGGAUCGGUAACCCACUGGAUCGGGAUCCCACGGGAUCAGGAUCUCACUAGAAUCAAAAUCCUAUCGGGAUCGGAAUCUCACCGAAAUGGGAUCACACCAGAUUGAGAUAUCAUUUAGUUUGGGAUAACACCGGAAACGGAUCUCACCGGGAUCGGUAUCUUACCCGGAUCGGGAUCCCACCAUGACCAGGAUUCUAUCGGAAUCACAUCGGCGGAUCGGGUUCGGGAUCCCAUCAUGAUCCUUCCGGGUGACAUCGGAAAACGGGAAAAAUGAAAGGUUUACAUAAGUUAUUUUACUUGUUUUUAAUAGGAGACAAAUUAAUUAUUAUUAUUUUUACUAUAUUGUUGUCGUUUUGUUGUUGACAUUUCCUUUAAUAACAAUGUGAACUAAAAGGACGUAGCAGAUGUUUUUUUCUGAAUGCAGCCCCAGACAACUCCGGUUAUGGUUGAUAGUAAAGUUAUAAAAUAAAUAGAUCAUUUAUUUUAACAAGAUUCAUCCAAUUGGGCAACUUUUAUAAAGUAUCUUUAAAGACAGAAGAGUUAUCCUUGAUUUACCACAAUGGCUCCGUAAAACAUGAAAGAUUCAUAAAAAUGUACUUUUUUUAUCUCGUAAAAUUUGUUAAAUUGUUGUGUUGUAUUCCAAUAAAAAGAUGGUAUAUAACUUUUAAAAUACUUUUUAUAAAGAAUUAACAUAAGUUUACACUGGAAAAUAAGAGAUUCAAACAGAAAUAAUAUACGCACCUGAACUGCACUUUUACCUAGUCUUGCCCUUUUAGGGCUUAGUCUUAGAUUUAGUUUUAGUACUGUUGUUGUUUGUUAAUUUUUAGUUGAUAGUUGGAACGUUACCCUAGCGACAUUACCACCGUGUAGGUGACCUGUGCCGCAAGGCAGGGGUAACGCACGGAAUCUGCGUUAAGGCGAGCACGAUUACAUGGCCCCCCACCAAGUGCAAUCGACAAAAACUUUUUUUUUAACGCAGAAACAGGUUGGGACAUGAUUACAGUUGCCGUAUGGAUAUGAGGUGAAGGCGUGUGGCAACCUUUCACCGAUGAUUUUAACUAUGCAGUAUUGAGGGUACUGCUCCUAGGCAAUCUCUCUCUCCCAUCUACGGUGCGAAUUAGUCCUGUCGUAGAAUAACCAUAAAACCCUAUUAGAGGGCGUCGGUUAAAAAAACUUCGCGUCUCCCUGGAGUGGGAAGGGGGGACUUAGAGACGUUAAAUAUAUCCACUCCAAACCCCUAGAAAGUCCGGCCCGGUUGCUGCGUGAGCAGCAACAGCAACCCGGCUGGCCAGGUGUUUCUUCUCUGGGGCUGCCACACUCACCGGCCAGUCGAGUGGAGGUCGGGUGUGGCGGUCUUAGGGGCGGAACGUCCCUGGCGUGCCGCUUCGCGGCCCGAUUGGAAUAAAUACCACUGGGGAAGUGGUUGAGGGCCGAUCUGGUUGGCGGGGUGGUGUGUCGGGGGGGACCAUAUGAGCCUCGGCUCGGCGUCCGCUGAUUUUCUUAAGUUAAUUAGUUAGUUGAUAGUUGUAGUCUUACUCGACUCUUAGUCUUGCAGCUUUAACAUAUGGUCUAAAUUCUAAUUAUAGGUCCUACUAACCUUAGUGGAAAUAAGCUAAUUAGUUAAGAGUAAGAGCUAAAUUAAAUUGAUGAUUAGGUUUAUUGUAGGCACCUUGUCCCUAUAUAAAAGUGUAACAAUGGACACUGAAAUGUUGAAUACUUUUUAUAAAUUAAACACAUACGUACGGAAACAUUCAAAGGCGAAUGGUGGAAUUAAAUUCAAAUUUAUCACUAUGCUAAAUAUUAUUAAUAGCCUUAUCAUGUUUUUAUUAUUUUUUACCUUUAACAAAACCUUACUUUUUUGCCUAAUAAAUUUGAUAUUCAUAGAAUCCUUUUAAAAUGUAAAAAGUAGCCAGCUAACACAUAAAGUCUAUUAUGUAUUAUGCCUAAUCAUGCCUAAUGAAAUAACAGAAUGAAAUGACAAUGAAUGGGCCUAAUGUAAUAAUGGUUUGGAUUUCUGUUUGGAUCUAUCUUUUUAGCUUACACUUUCUAUUGAUAUAUUUAUCAUAUAUGUCUUUGACCCUGUUGUUCAUGGUGGAAAAAAUUUACUCCAUACAAGGCCAUACUUAAAUGUUUAAAUUGUCAUUAAAUUAGGUAGUCAUUUUCACUUCACUCAUCUUAAAUGAUGAAGACAAUUUCCUGAAUUUUAAUGAAGUAGAUUGACAUUAUCUAAAACUUCAUUCAAAUUUACUUUAUAAAAAGCAUAAGUAUAUGUGCAUCUUGUGUUUAUACUUUAAAAUUUGUUAAUUGGUUGAUAGAUGAACCUACAUAACUCUCUCUCCUCACUUUCGCCUGACGGCUUUACUUUCUCCCAUACCCUCUCAUCAGUGCCGCCACACGAGUUCUGGAGACCCCUGCCACGUUUAGAUUUUGUGUCCCCUGCUUUCAAAGUUUACAUUUUUUCUACCCGCAGUUGCUCUGCCUUUCCUACACUCUCCCCUUACUCUCUCUCACUUGCCCAUCCAGCCCAUCCAGUUGCCCAACUUAUCAUCCAUUAACUAUCUUUGCAUUCUCUCACUUAACCCUACCAUAUCACCCCCAGGCUCUCCCUUAGACAUUUAUCCUUUGACCCCCUUACCCCGACAUCACCUUUAACCCUUUUGCUCCCUACCCAAUGUUCCUCAGUGUUUCAUAAUGCAAAGCUAGGAGUGGAGUUCUUAAAUUAUUGCAAGCUCAAAAAACUUCUAUACACCUAUCAGACCUGCUAACCAUUCCGAUUUUGUCGGAAUUAUACAGAUUUUUUACCCCUCAUUCCAACCUUCCGACAAACCCCUUAAAAUUUCGUUUUUUAUAAUUUUAUAAUUUUUCACCUGUCAUAAAAAUCCGAAAGCAGCAAAAAAAAAAAAAAAAAAAAAAAAAAAAAAAAAUAUAUAUAUAUAUAUCGGGUAAGACAGGAAUUGUUGCAUUUAUUUUUACGAAGUGUCUACAAAUCCGGCGACAGGAUGAAUAAGUGAAUAUGUUCUCGAGAUAUUCGUCUGGCCAUUAUAUAUUUGACCAAAUCACAUGACCAGCGUAACAAAGUUGAGCGAGGUAUUUGUCCGUCAGCUUUGUCAUAUGACCGCUAAUUGUCUAUCAGAGUUUGCAGUACCGGGUACUUCAUUUCAACAAAUUCAAGAUAGUCUGGACAUUUACAUGAAAAAGAAAUCUAUUCUACAAAAGAAAUACUAGAACCAUUCUGGUAUAUAUAUUAUAUUAUAUAUAUAAUGAACGAUUGUUUAAAAGUGACAAUGUUUUUUAUAAAGUGUGACAUGCCCACCAGAUGAAUAUCUCCCGCACUAUUUGUCCUGAUGUAUAGACACUGCCUUGUUUUUAUCGAAGCUUACCGCGAUCUUCAAAUCGUUCUUCAAUCAUCAAUUGAUUCGAUCGUGAUUCAUCCUUUUUACAAGGCUAAAAAAUAAUUCAGACUUUUUUUUUGUUAAAGCUUUUCUUAAUUAAAUCGUUAAAUCUAUUGAAAGUAGUGGGUACAAUGGUAUUAAUAAACAUUUUAACCCCCAAUAAACCAUACAGCUGCAGCUAAAACUAAAAUUAAAAGUAAUCCAUGUCUAAUUAAAAGUUUCUUUGCUAAGGAAUCCGAUCAUUUUAAUGCCAGAGUCAAAGAAAUGUUUCCAGACUCGCAGAUUGCUAGAGAUCGUGAAUAAAAAUUACAGGGCAAGCAUGAAAGUUGAUACUCUUUCUAACUUGCUUGUAACUAAAAUCAAUUGCAAUGCUAACCUUCAUUUGUCCAAAGAGCUGUUGGACAUGUGCCAAAAGGCCUCUAGGUAUAUGCUGGAAAACUGAACUCUUAGCAGCCUGAGUACAUAUGUAAAUAAAAUGGAUCUUCUGUCCUGUACUGUAUAAAAACAUUUCCAGUAACAUUUUUCUCAUGUUAUGUGGACUCUUCUAAGACAACUGGAGGGUUGGCGGCCCUCCUUCCCCCCUGCAUGCAACCUCCCUAAAGAUUUUUUUAGGCAGGUUGACAGGUCUGCCCUAGAUUUCCUAUAAACUCAUUUAACUUAUGCCUCCAAAUUCUCCCUUUGGCAUCUAAUUUCCUGUGAUCACUGGGAUUUUUUAUACCAUCCUUGAUUGUAAUUUUUCUCAGCUAGGAUUUUUUUGUUAUUACUCCAUUCUGUUGUAGCUAAUUCUGAUUCUCAUUUAGGAUGGCUCGGCAAGGACAAAGGAAAAAAAAAUUCUUUUGACUUCCAAAGCUAUCUUUCACCCUGAAACUGACAUUUGUCCUGCUUAGACAUGAGUUGUAACUAGUACAGUUAAAGACUAAAAAUAUGAUUAAUUUAACAAAAUAAAAUGAGUAAAACAAAGUAGGGUUAAACCUGAAAAAAUAAAUGCAACAAAACAGCGAACGUGUCGGCAGAAAGCCUUCGUCAGCGAACAAAACAACAGAAAAAACGGUAUACAAAUAAAAAUAAGAAAUAGUACUUAGCUGGUAAGUAGUAUCUGUGGGCAGCAAUAUUAUUUUGUACUAACCUGAUUGCAGUCUCUCCCCUUAUUACCCCUAAUUUAACAAAAGAUCAAUUACAUCUGAUAUCAAGGCAUAAAGUAAUAAGACAACUAAAAUAAUAUAUCAUUUAUCCAAAUUAGCAUCACAGUAAUUUUUUUUUUCAAAAGUAUGCUUCACAGACAAAGAGUUCUAAUGUGACCACAAAUAAUUGUGAAUUUUUCAGACACCCAUGGUCCCUAAAGGAUUUUGAAUAAAUGGUUGCCUUACUGUUUCAGCUGAAACUAACUUUUCCCCACUGCGAUUCAUUUUUCCAUACUAUUUUAAGAUCAAUUCCUCAGCUUUGAUUUUUAUUCUUCCCAUCACUAUCAAAUGUAUUGCUUAACAGUUGUUUCUAAAUUAAGUACCUCUCUUCCUUAAAGUUUCCUUACAAACCAUACAAAAAAUAUAUACCUUUAAAAAAAAAUGCCUGUAUAUACUUAUUUGUGAGAGAUGUUAAAAUGUUUUUUCUCUCAUCAUGGCUUUCAGGUGCUUGCUGUUUUAGUUAAUUUUUUUAUGACAUUAAUUUCAAGAGUCUCAAACUUACUUACGAAGCAUUUUUUAAAAAAGUUUCAUGACUCAUUUAUUUAAUGGUCUCCAAGCAAUCAGAAUGCUGCAAAUUUGUAUUUAAAAUAAACAAUAUAAUUGUGUCUGCAGCGUGGACAUUUUUAUUUUAAUUAUCCAGGCUUUAGUCUUGUUAGACAGUCCGAAGAAUUAAUAAUUUAUAUUCAUUCAUUAUCUGCCACCAAAAUGUAUGGAGUGUGAACAGAGGCAUACUUUGACUGAAUGCAGCCUGGGAAACUCCUAAAAUUUCUUCUCUCUAACAAACACUUAUGUGAUUUAUCUAAAUUUUUAAAUAAGCCCCAAAAGUGUUGCCAGGGUUGUUGCCCCCCUUUGCCACAUCCUAGUUAAGCCAUUGAGUUUUAAAGUAUGUUUGUCAAAACUUUAUUGUUGUAAUGAUGGAAAGCCUUUGAAAUGGCCUGCUUGAGAAAUUUUGACUAUUUGUGUAAGUGUAAAAAUUAAAGCAUGUUGAGGUAAACAUAUUUUAAAAAAAAUAUUAAUAGACAUAGUCAUUGAAAUGAAACAUGUUGUUGGAUACAAGGGAGCACAAAAGGGGGUGGCACUUGUCCAUUAUCACACCAACGGGAGUAUACUUGUAGAAUUAGCUCUAUAUAAGCACAGAAAUGUUAAAACUUAAAUGAAGUUGAUAAGGUAUUAAUAAGAUGGUAUGAAAGAAACUCUCGAAACCAAAGUAAUGGGGCUGAGAACUUGGAGGAGGAAGGGAGGCUAAAAUAGAACAUGCUGUCAAGAAAAUAUUGUAAUUAGAACACCCACUCAGGAUAUGAGCUGGAUUUAGUGCAUUUUUUAACAAUAGCUCUGUGUGUCUGAUAUUCCAGAAUUCUUUAUCUGUUAUGAAAAAAGCUGAUAUUCUAUCAGACUAUUAAUUUAGAGUUUCAAAAACAGAAACUUGGUACAGAAGCAGAUAAGACAGGAUUACUUCUCUUUAAAAGUUUUAGAAUAGCUAGUGAAGUGUUUUUAUAGAGGAAAUCAUACUAAGGUGUUGGCUAUGCUUUAAAGAAAGUGCAGAUUCUUGAUUUGUCAAAUUCAAGAUGAUAUGAAGAAACAUACAUUUCCAACUUUCUCAACAAGUUUCCAGACAUCACAUUAUCACUCACCAGCAAUCUCUUUGUUCAAAACUUUGUAGGUAAUAGCUUAAAUUCUUCUCAUACCAAGAAAUGAAUUACACAUUACUCAACCUAUCAAUAAUGAUAAUAAUUUUGACUGAACUGAAUAAAAAACUUUAAUAAAAAUUUUUUUUUUUUUUUACAAAACUAACAAUAAUAAUUUUUCUCCUCUCUAUUAGUCAAACUGUAUUUUAAUUAAAGGUCACCUUUAGAUGUUUGAUUGAUGCAACCUAGAAACAAUUAUGAGUUUAUUUGAAGUUGGUGAUUUAUGGCACCUAUUUCUUGGGAAACUAUAAAGUUAAUUUUAAACCCUGGUAACCUUAAUUGCGAACGUAAACGUUAUGGGAUCUAAAUUUUGACAAUUUCUUUUCUUCACACAUUUUGGACUGAUAAGCUUAAUGGCUAUUUUGACUCAGGCAACCAUUUUUUGUUCCAGAAUAAAAUUCUUGGUUACUUUGUGUUGUUUAUUUAUGCCAUCCUGUUGUCCUAAUAUACAUUUAAAUCUUUGUGUUUGUUUGGGAUUUAUGAGUUCUUUAGAUUUAUCUCCCCUAUUUAAAUUUGAAGUCUUUUAUGUAAUAUUGAUUGAUUACUAUUUUUAAAAAUCUCAACUUAAAGGAGCGAGACACAACUAGUUUAAAGCUGUUGUACUCAGAAGCAUUAGUUAUCUCUAUUAUUCAUUCAGUUGUAUGGUUAUCCAGACUGGCGUAUUAUAUACAGUUAUUAUUAUUAUUAAUUAUUUUUUUUAUUUACUUAUUUAUUUACUUUUUUAGGUAUCUGGAGAGUCUAGAAUACUUUCCGGUAAGCCUUUAUUAUAUGUUCAUAAUUUAUAUAUGCUCAUUUAUGCAAAUAUUGUUUAUGGAAAUUUUUUUUUUUAUUUGUUCAAUUUCAUUAUUUUAUUUUCAUUUUAUAAUUUAAAAAACCAAUAACAUUGCCCGUAUUGCAUCCAGACAUAGGUCCUUAAAACAUUAAUUAUAUUAUUAUUCAAGCGCCAUUCUGAUAGCUUAUAAACUUGUCUGCUCCUAAAGAUUUUCUCUUUUGUGGUGUAUACAUAUUCCUGCAGUAUACUUGAAAUACUAAUUUUAAAAAUUCUUCUUUGAUGUUCAUUUAUCAAUGACCUUACCUUCCUGGGUAGACUUUGAUGAAUUGCAUGCAGCAUGUUCACUUUCAAAGAGAUGGCUGAAGCAGAUAAAUUGAGCAAUAAGUAUUUUCAGGUUUAAUUUCUUUAAAGGAUGGACAGUGGCAAAAUUUAACAAUAAAGUUUUUCUUAAUUACAUUUUAAUGUUACAUCUUCUUGAUUAAUCGAAUAAAUUUUUUUCAUGUACCCAAAAUAAUAAUGUGGCUGUCCAGCUUGUUUUUCAGGCCAGCUUUAAAAUCAUCUUUAGAAAUAAUGAGUUCUCUUAAUUAAAAUCAUACAAAUUAAUGUAUGAUAAUUCAGCUGUAUUAGACCAUGAUGACUUUCUGUGUUUCAUCAUAAUUAACAAGCAAAUGUUUAGAUUUAAUUCGAAAUUGUAGCUAAAAGCAUUUUCUGAUUUUAUUUCUUAAAGUUUUUGGCUGAAAGUUGAGUAAAUUUAAUAAGUGUUAUGUGAGAAAACUUACAGCAAAUGUGUCCCAAAUGAGUGACACAAAUAUUUCAUAAAUAAUGUGUUCAAUAACCAAACACAAACUUGUUAUUGAUCCUUUCUUUUUAAUACUAUAAUUUUUUAUUAGGACAGUUACAUGUCUCUUACUAAUUUAUUUCUAAUAUCUAUGAGAAAUUAUUUUUCUUUUGAUUAUUUAUGUUUUGCAAUUUGAUAAUUGUCAAGCUGAAAUGUAAUUCUGUCAGUGGAUGAUGACUUGCUAACUUUUGCUAUUUAUGCUAAGUAGGAAAUAUAUCUCACUUUGUCAUUGUCAUGUUUAACCUACAGGUAAUAAAAAAAAAUAGAGAUAAGAAAACAGUUAUUUAUAAAUUAAAAUUAGGACUUGAGUUGAUGUGGAAAAUUUAUUUUUCUUAAAAUGUAUUACAACUUUAUAUAUAUAUAUAUUCUAUAUUCUAUAUGAAGAAAAAAGUAUAUAUAUAUAUAUAUAUAUAUAUAUACUUUUUUCUUCAUAUCAGGUGUCUUAUAAUUUUUAAUAUUAUUUAAUGUUAUUGUUUUUUCAAAGAGUUAAUUCAUUUACAUUGUUUUUGUUUUUUUGGCAACAAUUUUUAUUUCCUAAGACUAUUUUAACUGUUUCCGUAUAUUUAAACUUGUCAUUUAAGUUGUCCAAGCAUCCAACAUCAUUGGCCUGGAGCGAACAAUUGGAGGUCUGUGGAGAUUAGGAGCUGUUGAUGUAGAAUGUCAGCCCAUUGUCAGCUAUGAAAACUUUGCUCGUGGUAUCAAAGUUUCUGAUCAUCUAACCAAGCCUAACACUGGUGGUCUUGCCAAAGAGGGUCUUUACUGGCUAGAAUUUGAUAUUGAGUAUGAUGGUAAGUGGCUGUUAUGGAUAAUUUAGGACAUCAUAUAUAUGGAGGAUGUAUAUACAGAUAUGUGCACACACAAAAUUGGAUGUAAUAUAAUAAAAUAAUAUGUAUUUUUAAUGAAUUAUUAAAGAAGUCUUAGUGCCUUUUUAGUCAUGUUAUUUUAUUGUGCCAGGCAAAAGCACAGAUGAAUUGGUCACUAUCUGGAGGAAAGAAGCAGAGGCGGUGCUUACAUCAAGGCUCAAAGAUGGCACAUCUAUAGAACUCUAUAAAGCUGUCGCCCAGAGAAAGGUUGGUUUGAGAGAAGCAUCUUUUAAGAAAAACUUCUGAAAAUUAAUAACCCUUUUUAUUUUUAAACAUAUAAAUUAAAUCAGUUUGGAAAAUCUAAUGGUGAGGAAAUUUGUACUUUAAAGCUCCAUAAUGUGUUACGUUGCCUGUAUUUUUUUAAAGUUAAAUUUGUUUGGUUUUUGUGUGGUCUAUUAUUAUUGUCUUAAAGUCAUAGCAGUUGGUAUGUAAUAAUAAUAAGACGUCUUUUAUAGCGCGGUACCCCAGCCUAGGGCUGGGCUCACCGCGCUGUACAUAAAAAUUUUAUCAAGAGACAUAAUCAUGACAUUAAAAUAAAGUACAUUUAUGAAAUAAAGAACAGCAAUGUAUAUUCACCCACCCCACCACAUAACUUUUACAAGGCAACCCAUGGACGGCAGCCAGCAAGAUCGUUUAUCGGUCAGAGGAGGGGAAUCAGUCAGGGUAGUAUAAUUUAAAAAGAUAUGUUUUGAGUGCAGUUUUGAAGGCCUGGGUGGUUGGUAUAUUGCGUAUGUUUAGUGGCUAAGAAUUCCAUUGUUUGGGGGCGCAGAAAGAGAAAGAUCGUUCACCAUAUGUUUUAGUGUGUGUCUUAGGAACGGACAGAAUAUGCGUGUCUGCAGAGGAGCGAAGCUGUCGAAGGAGUGAAUGUACUAAGUAUUUUACAGAUUGGCCUCUUGAGUCUUAUAUGAUGGAUAAAGGUGGAUGUGGGUUUUAACUAAAAUGUAAAAAAAGUUAGAUACAAAGUUUACUUUUUUCUUUCCUGUUUCUUGGAAUGGUCAACUUUGUGAACUAAACAUCAUAAUUAAUUCCAUGGAGCCUGUGUUUAAAAAAAAACCAACAUAAGUUUUAAAACUGUAUAUUCUUUUCAGUUUGAAUCAGUUGUGUGUUUGAGCGGUUCCACUAUAUCUAUUCCUGUAGGUUCAUGUAUUCAUCAAUGCUGCUGACCCUGAACAGAUUGACAUGCUGGCCCUGCAGUUGCCGCUCAUGCAGGAAAAUGGGGCCAAUGUUCACCUCAAGUGUAAAGCCCUGCAGUUCCUGGAAGACUACACUUCACGAAUAACCAGUGAAUCCAUCUAAGCCUUUCCGUUUUAUAGCAGCGGUAAUAAUGGUUGUAUAGAUUUUGGUUCGGUACCAGAAUAAGACGGGGAGAACUCAUUUUGUUAAAUUGGUUGUAUAGAAACAACUUUUAAAUUACCAGCCUUUUCAGCUUUCAUCCCAGGUAAAGUUUCUCAUCGAGCAAUUGCACCUAUUUAAUGUUGCUUAAAACAUUCAAGGGCAAAUUAGCUUGAAAAAUCUUUGUGAUUUUUAUUAUAUAACUGUUUUUGUAAAGAGAAAUGUUUGGCCAAAGUUACUGUAUCUUUGUUUAAAAACUGUGUUUGAGAAGUUAUCUUGCAUGUAGUUUGAAUUUACAGCCAGGGUUUUAUAGGAUUUACUCGUAACAUUUUAAAACAGGGUUUAACAUAACUUUCAUUGAACCUAGUUUUCUUCUCCACUUUUUUAUUAAUGUACCAGUGCAUUUAUUAUUUUAAAAAGCUCUGUUCACUGUUAGAUCUUGUUUUUCUAAUCGCUGAACAGAUGGAGCAUUAUGUUGCAGUAUCUGCCAUGGUGGGCAUGAAAUUUUUGAGCUGUGUAAAUAUCUUGAGAUAUAAUAAUUUCCAGUAGAGGUUGUGAGCUGGCAUACUUAAUUAUAUAUUGAUUCUAGUAGAGCGUAAUUGAAAUAUUGGUCAAACUUAAUGAAAUGUUGAAUCCUAUGGUUUGGGCUCAGCUUAAAAUUUCAUGUCAGCUUAACUCAGCUUUUUUGGGGGCAUUAUUAAAGUUAAAGACUAUUUUUCUUUAGGCUGCAUCUUGAAGUAGGGAUGAUGGUGUUACCAAUGUUUUUUUAAGGAGUUUUCUGGUGAUUUUAUCAAAAAACAUCUUUUUAUUGUUUGCAUGUUGAUGUCUCUGUUAUUCCAGACAGCUGACGAUGAUAUUUAAUGAUUCAUAAUCUAAGAUGACUUAUGUAAUCUUUUUAUUGGAUAUUAAUCAUGAAUUGUUCCAUUUUUUAAAAAAUUCAUAUAUUUUUUGUUCGGACAUUUGUAACUAUUUUCUUAUUAUUUGUAUCCAUGUUACAAUAAAAUUGUUUAU